GUGUACACUGUGUGUAUGUGUGUUGCUUUUUUCCUUCUGGUAUUGUCUGGACUUUCAGGGUGUGGUCACUUUUCCUUUUAUAACUUGUCUUGGGAUCUUGUUUUGCGCCACUGCACCAAACAAUCUGCCACCAUGUUUCUGCUUGCAGGACUUGUUGGCUGCCUGCUAUCCCUCACAGCGGAGGCCAGAGUUGGGAACUGCUCUGAGAUGCCAUUCUUUACCGAGACAAGCCAGUGUCUGAUGUUUAAGGUCAUCUGCAAGACUGACACGUAUGAGGCGCGCCACUAUGACGCUGCGAAGUGGGUGUCAACCACAGAGAGCUACUGGUCCAUGGACAUUGCCUGUAUGAGAGCAUUUACGCGGCUGUACAAGUACAUCAGUGGUGAAAACGAGAUGGGACAAAAGAUUCAAAUGACGACACCUGUCGUGGUCAAGAUGGGCGAAAAGAAGUGGUUUUGGCAAACAAAAGAAUUCACAGUGAGCUUUUUGCUGCCCCGGGAGCACCUGGCCAAUCCUCCAGUGCCUACGAAUGACAAGGUGUUCCUCAGUGAGUCGCCUGCUCAAAAUGUGUACGUGCGGAGCUACGGUGGGUGGAUGAACUCGCUGAGUGACUGUCAUGAAAAUGAAGCGCUGAUGUACGACCUGAUGAAGAAUGGCGCUUCGUUCAAAGAAGACUGCCACUUUGGCGUUGGAUAUAACAGCCCCUGGACUAUGUUCAAUAGGCACAACGAGGUGUGGUUGAUGAUUGAGGACGACCCCGUGUGUUCCAGCAGUGAAGAACUGGACUGAUGCUUCGAAUUUCAUCGCACAGGGUGUGCAAAAAAUAAUAAUAAAUAAAUAAAAAGGCAUGUUGUAGCUUUAAGACACCCAGCAGCAUAUAUUAGAGAUUGGGUCUGCA